CCAGUAGAAGCAUAUAUUCGUUAUACGGCUGGCCAAUGUGUGUGUGAAACAGAUAGCAUCGACAUAACAAACCGUCAACAAAUAAUUUCACUAGGACAAGAUGACGAAGAUGCUUUUAUAUUUGUACAUAUUUCUGAUCUGCACAUCAGUCACUACACAGCAAACGAUAGAUACGAGCAACUUAAUGAGUUUUGCAGCGUCAAUUUAAAAGCUAUUGUUCCAGGCUUGGUUCUAGCAAGUGGGGAUUUAACUGAUUCUGUUGCUCCUGGCAAAAUCUUAGUUACACAGUUUAUUGAAGAAUGGCAGAUGUAUAAAGAUGUGUACACUAAAUGUCAAAAUGAAUCUGGGGUGGCUCAUUGGUUAGACUUGAGAGGAAAUCAUGAUAACUUCAACGUUGAUGGAUACAAUAGUUCCAACAGCUAUUACCCACAGUUUGGAUCACAAAGGAAAAAUCCUGGAUCUUACAUGACUAUUAUCAAUACCAAUGAAAGAACAAAAUAUGCUUUCAUCGCCGUAGAUGCUACUCUUGAAAUAGGCCCAAAACGAUUACUAAAUUUUGUCGGGCAAUUGGACGAUAAUCGCUUGUCAAAGUUAGAAGAAUUCGAUAAAAUCGCCACUCAAUUAAAUGUUAAUGGAACUAUCUGGUUUGGUCAUUAUCCAUCUUCGUGUAUCUUCAAUUCUGGACUUCUUGAAUUGCGCCAAGUCGCCUCCAAGGGAAUCGCCUAUUUAUGCGGACAUUUGCACAAUUUUGUCGGCUUUGUACCUGAAAUGUAUUCGCGUCACGAUUCGGGAAUGUUAGAACUAGAACUUGCUGACUGGAAGGACAAUCGAAUGUAUCGAGUUGCAGUACUCGACAAAGGAUUAUUUUCUUUCGCUGAUGUUCAGCAUAAAACUUGGCCGAUUAUAGUUGUGUCUAAUCCGAAACCGCUUUUGACGGUGCAGUGUUGUCAACAGCCCACUGAAAUAAUGGCCACUUCGACUCACAUUCGGAUUUUUAUAUUUUCUCCUUCACCAAUCGAAGUUUGCGAGGUAAGGUUGGAUAAUGGAGCUUGGGAACCUUGUAAACUAACAGGCCAAAAAAAUCCCCUAUAUACCGCGCCUUGGCAACCGGAACUCUACGCUAUAGGCCCUCACACACUUGAAGUGAGAGCCAAAGAUUCUUCCGGCUCCAAGGAAACUACCGAAAUCGAAUUUGCUUUGGACAAAACAAUUUCGCCACAUUUUUCGUGGAGAGCAAAAAUAGCUCUGAUGCGGGAUUUUACUACAAUGAGUAAAUGGCUAUUUGGGGUUUCAAUCUUUUUUUCUACAGUGCCAUUCGGCAUCAUGCACUUACUACAGAGUCGAAUUAUUCUCGGAGAGCGGUCCCCGGAACGAGUUAAAUAUGCGUGUUUAAAACUGCUGCUUAGAAAAUUUUGGGUUUUUACUGGCAUCAAAAAGUUAUUCUACCCGAUUUUGGCCUAUACUUUAUACCUAUGCGUUGGACCUUGGCUUGCAGGCUAUUUAAUCGACGACCGCAUUGGUGUUGUUUUUGCUUGGGGAACUUUUUUCCAAGAUGGAAUAUUUCUAAAAGGAACUACAACGUAUUUAUACUGCGGUAUUCACAUUAUCCUAUUCAAUGGGCCACUUAUUUGCAUUCUUGCUCACACUGCAGAUGUGAGGUUCCAGGAGACAAUUAUACGGAAUAGAGCCUACAGCCCUACUUUGUCCAGGAUAUUUAUGCUCCAUGUUCCUAUUUUGUCUUUCCUUGCUUUUCACUUGGCGACUUGCUUGUUAUUUAUGCAUUCUUAUGGAUGGUUUACCCUACUGCUCAACCCUGCGCGAUUCUGGAGUUUGUUUCUCUCUCUCUACCUUUGGUGGAAAGCGAAAACAUUAAACUCAUUGGAUUUCACAAAUGUCGCGAAAACCUGGAACUAGAAUCAUCCUCCGUCAUCCUUACCAAAAACCUCGCCAUAUAAGUCCACCUUUUUCCGUCCGUCUUCACUUUUUCUGUAUAGAUUGCACCUUUAACAGUCGCCGUCUUGUAGAUUCUAUCUUAUGCCUGCAUCCAUCAUUGUGAUGAUGGAGUGAAAUUGUGCAAGACUUUCUUCAAAAUUUGCUUUUGGUGGAAAGUAGUAAAACAUUCCUUUGCCGUUUCCUCACUCGACAGAAAAACUGUUAGGUCGGUUAAAAUUUUGCAAACAUUUUGUCAAACUUACCACAACAGCAUUACUAAUUUUUGCGAUGAUUGUUAAUAUGUGUAAUACAAUUUAAAUUUCGUA